GGAAUUAGACAAUUAGUUGUUGAGUUACCACUGACUAAUCCCUGUAUCCUGUUCCUAAUUGAUGUUCUAUUAGUUUCUUAUAUAAAAAUGAGAUAAGUAGGGAUAUUUUAUAAAUUGAAAUAUCAUAUGAAAUUAUUUAAAUUCACCCUUAGUAUGUACUAAUAUUCAUCUCACUAAUUUGAUAGUACAAAUAAUUACAAAAUUAGUUAAUAGUACUAUAUAUUAGACUAUACAUGAGAUAAAAUUAAUUUUAUAUUAUUAUCCCAUCCGAAGUGACUUUUGUCUCCCGCAUCCCGCAAUACCAAACACCCUUUAGUCUGAAACGGUAUAGACAGUAAGCCGCCAUCUUUUUCUCUGUUGUGUGUCUUUAAUCUGCACACAUUUUUCUACUACUGACUAAUAUACUAUUUAUUUCAGAAUACAGAUAAUAAUAUGUACCCAUUUUCUCUUAUAUACUGCUAAGAAACCUCUAUAUAUUUCUACAAGGUCUCAUCCUCCUAAUUGAACUCAUACAAUAUCAUCUUUACAUUUCUACAAGGCUGUUCUGUAUUUUUUUAUUUUUUUAUUUUAAUUUUUGGUUAGAAUUGUUGGUUGAAAAUGUCUAAUCCCAAGUUCACAAGAGUACCUAGCAUGAGGGAGAGAGUUGAGGAUACUCUCUCUGCUCAUCGUAAUCAACUAGUGGCUCUCCUUUCUAGAUACGUAGCACAGGGGAAGGGGAUAUUGCAACCUCACCACUUAAUUGAUGAGUUCAACAAUGCUGUAUGUGAUGAUACUGCUUGUGUGAAGCUCCAAGAAGGUCCCUUUUGUGAAAUCUUGAAAGCUACUCAGGAAGCCAUUGUGCUCCCGCCAUUUGUUGCAUUAGCAGUUCGUCCAAGGCCAGGUGUUUGGGAAUAUGUUCGUGUUAAUGUAUAUGAUCUGAGUGUUGAGCAAUUGACAAUUCCUGAAUAUCUUUGUUUCAAGGAAGAACUUGUGGAUGGACAGAGUAAUGAUCCCUUUGUGCUUGAGCUGGAUUUUGAGCCAUUUAAUGCAUCAGUUCCUCGUCCAUCACGCUCAUCAUCCAUUGGCAAUGGAGUCCAAUUCCUCAAUCGUCAUUUGUCCUCAAUUAUGUUCCGCAACAAAGAUUCUCUGGACCCGUUACUUGAUUUCCUUAGAGGACACAAUCAUAAAGGGAAUGUUUUGAUGUUGAAUGAUCGCAUACAGCGAAUCUCCAGGCUGGAGUCUGCUCUUAAUAAAGCAGAUGAUUACCUCUCAAAGUUACCAUCAGAUACAUCCUAUCAUGAGUUUGAAUAUGCAUUGCAAGAAAUGGGCUUUGAGAAAGGUUGGGGUGAUACUGCAAAACGUGUUUUGGAGUCCAUGCAUCUGCUUUCUGACAUUCUUCAGGCUCCUGAUCCCUCAACCUUGGAGGCCUUUCUUGGUAGAUUACCAAUGGUGUUCAAUGUUGUCAUAUUAUCUCCUCAUGGAUACUUUGGCCAAGCAAAUGUCUUGGGUUUACCGGACACUGGUGGACAGGUUGUCUAUAUACUGGAUCAAGUGCGUGCCUUGGAGGCUGAAAUGCUUCUUAGAAUAAAGCGACAAGGACUUAACUUCAAGCCUAGAAUCCUUGUUGUCACCCGACUGAUACCUGAUGCUAAAGGAACCACGUGCAACCAGAGGUUGGAGAGAAUUAGUGGAACUGAAUACUCGCAUAUUUUACGUGUCCCUUUUAGGACAGAGAAUGGAAUCCUUCAUAAAUGGAUAUCUAGGUUUGAUGUAUGGCCUUACCUUGAAACGUUUACUCAGGACGUGGCAGGUGAAAUCUCUGCUGAGCUCCAGGGAAAACCCGAUCUGAUUAUUGGCAACUACAGUGAUGGAAAUUUGGUCGCCUCACUGUUAGCACAUAAAAUGGGCAUCACGCAGUGUACCAUUGCUCAUGCUUUGGAGAAAACAAAGUAUCCUGAUUCUGACAUCUAUUGGAAAAAGUUUGAGGAGAAGUAUCAUUUUUCAUGUCAGUUUACUGCUGAUCUACUGGCAAUGAACCAUUCAGAUUUCAUAAUCACCAGUACCUAUCAAGAGAUUGCUGGAACGAAGAAUACUGUUGGUCAGUACGAGAGUCAUACUGCUUGCACUCUCCCAGGCCUAUAUCGGGUUGUCCAUGGCAUUGAUGUUUUCGAUCCCAAAUUCAAUAUAGUGUCUCCAGGAGCCGAUAUGACAAUUUACUUCCCAUAUUCUGACACAGAAAAGAGACUAACAUCUUUGCAUGGCUCGAUUGAGGAGUUGUUAUUUGAUCCUGAGCAGAAUGAAGUGCAUAUAGGUACCCUGGAUGAUCAAUCAAAACCCUUAAUUUUUUCAAUGGCAAGGCUUGAUCGGGUUAAGAACAUUACGGGACUAGUUGAGUGCUAUGCUAAAAAUACUACACUCAGGGAAUUGGCGAACCUUGUUGUAGUAGCUGGAUACAACGAUGUAAAGAAAUCAAGUGAUAGAGAAGAAAUAGCUGAAAUUGAGAAGAUGCAUGCUCUUAUGAAGGAACAUAACUUGAAUGGCCAAUUCAGAUGGAUAUCAUCCCAAACAAACAGGGCACGUAAUGGUGAGCUCUAUCGCUAUAUAGCUGACAAGCGAGGUAUAUUUGUUCAGCCUGCGUUUUAUGAAGCGUUUGGACUCACUGUGGUUGAAGCUAUGAAUUGUGGUCUUCCAACAUUUGCAACUUGCCAUGGUGGUCCUAUGGAGAUCAUUGAAGACGGUGUAUCGGGGUUCCAUGUAGAUCCUUAUCAUCCCAAUAAAGCUGCUGAGCUCAUGGUGGAAUUCUUCCAACGCUGCAAACAAGAUCCUACUUACUGGGAAAAAAUAUCUUCAUCUGGUCUCCAAAGGAUUCUUGAGAGGUAUACAUGGAAGAUUUACUCCGAAAGGCUGAUGACUUUGGCUGGUGUAUAUGGUUUCUGGAAGCUUGUUUCAAAACUUGAGAGGCGUGAAACUAGACGAUACCUCGAGAUGUUCUACAUUCUCAAACUCCGCGAGUUGGUAAAAUCUGUUCCUCUAGCAAUUGAAGACAGCACUGAGCAUAUGAUAUGAUGGUGCAAAGCUAUAGGAUUUUGCAAAGUAGACAUAAUAAUGUGGACUAAGAGGGGAGCAGCUAUAGCAAAAUGAAGACAUAAAUGUUACUACACCUAACUCAUUGUGUACCGUGGUUUAUAUAUGUUAUGUAAAAAAGAAAUGUACUGCCCCUCCGCUUGCCCCCGAAAUGACUUGGACCAAUAUAUGCACUUUAUGAUCGCUUUUCCGUCUUUCUGCUGUAGUUGUUAAACCAGUUCGCACUUAUUAUUAGGAAAUAUUGCCUACUGUUUAUGUAA